AUGGCUGAGUUCAGGGUGAGGGUAUCCACUGGGGAGGCCUUCGGGGCUGGCACGUGGGACAAAAUGUCUGUCAUCAUCGUGGGGACCGAAGGAGAGACCCUGCCACUGCCCCUGGACCAUUUCGGCAAAGAGUUCAGCGCCGGCGCUGAGGAGGACUUCAAGGUGACGUGCCCCCAGGACGUGGGCCGGGUGCUGCUGCUGCGCGUGCACAAGGCUCCCCCCACGCUGCUCCGUCCUUUCUGGCCCCUGGCCUCGGACGCCUGGUUCUGCCGCUGGGUCCAGCUCACGCCGCCCCGGGGCGCCCCCCUCCGCUUCCCCUGCUACCAGUGGCUGGAGGACCAGGGGAGCCUGGUACUGCGGGAGGGGACAGCGAAGAUUUCCUGGGAGGACCGCCACCCCACCCUCCAGCAGCAGCGCCAGGAGGAGCUGCAGGCCAGGCGGGAGACGUACAGCUGGAAGACUUACAUCCCAGGCUGGCCUCGCUGCCUCAACGAGGAGACCAUAAAAAACCUGGACCUCAACAUCAAAUACUCUCUGGCAAAGAACAUCACCUUCUACCUGCGAGGCAGCUCGAUGUUGGCACAUCUGAAACUCAAAGGGCUGCUGGACUGCAAGGGGCUCUGGAAGAGCCUGGAGGAGAUGAGAAGUGUGUUCAACUUCUGGAAGACCCCAGCCGUGGAGUAUGUGUUUGAGCACUGGCAGGAGGAUGCCUUCUUCGCCUACCAGUUCCUGAAUGGCCUCAACCCGGUCCUGAUCCGCCGCUGUCGCCACCUCCCAAAGAACUUCCCUGUCACUGAUGCCAUGGUGGCCCCAGUGUUGGGCCCCGGGACGAGUCUGCAGGCUGAGCUGGAGAAAGGGUCCUUGUUCCUGGUGGAUUACGGCAUCCUCUCUGGCAUCCGCACCAAUGUCAUUAAUAGGAGGCCUCAGUUCUCCGCGGCCCCAAUGACCCUGCUAUACCAGCGCCCAGGGUGUGGGCCCCUGCUGCCCCUCGCCAUCCAGCUCAGCCAGACCCCUGGGCCCGACAGCCCCAUCUUUCUGCCCAGCGACGACAAGUGGGACUGGCUGCUGGCCAAGACGUGGGUGCGCAAUGCCGAGUUCUCCAUCCACGAGGCCCUCACACACCUGUUACAGGUACACCUGGUGGCCGAGGUCUUCACCCUGGCUACGCUGCGCCAGCUGCCUCACUGCCACCCACUCUUCAAGCUGCUGAUCCCACACACACGGUACACCCUGCACAUCAACACGCUGGCCCGUGAGCUACUCAUUGCCCCCGGGAAGGUGGUGGACAGGUCCACAGGCCUUGGCAUUGAAGGUUUCUCUGAGCUGAUACAGAGGUACAUGGAACAGCUGAACUAUUCCGUCCUGUGUCUGCCUGAGGAUAUCCGGGCCCGAGGAGUUGAAGACAUCCCAGGCUACUACUACCAGGAUGAUGGGAUGCAGAUCUGGGGUGCAGUGGAAUGCUUUGUCUCCGAAAUGAUCGGCAUCUACUACCUGAGAGAUGAGUCUGUCCGCGAUGACAGUGAACUCCAGGCCUGGGUGUGGGAGAUCUUCUCCGAGGGCUUCCUAGGCCGGGAGAGCUCAGGCGUACCCUCCUCCCUGGGGACACGGGAAGCCCUGAUACAGUAUGUCACUAUGGUGAUAUUCACCUGCUCGGCCACGCAUUCCGCUGUCGGUACAGGGCAGUUUGACUUCAGUGCCUGGAUGCCCAACCUGCCACCUACCAUGCAGCCACCGCCCGCCUCUAAAGGCCAGGCAAGCCCGGAGAGGCUCAUAGCCACCCUCCCACCAGCCAAUGCCACAUGUGAUGUCAUCGUUGCCCUCUGGGCGCUGAGCAAGGAGCCUGGAGACAGACGGUCCCUGGGCACCUACCCGGACGAACACUUCACGGAGGCGGCCCCGUGCUGGAGCAUCGCGGCCUUCCAGAGCCGCCUGGCUCAGAUCUCGCGAGACAUCCAGGAGAGAAACCAGGACCUGGAGCUCCCCUACACCUACCUGGACCCUCCCAUCAUCGAGAACAGCGUCUCCAUCUAAAUCCCCUGGGGAAAAGGGCCCCACAUGACAUCCCUUUGACCCCAUAGCUCUAGGCUACCUGCCACCCAGAGAAAAGGACUCCCCAGAAAACCAGGCCCCUAUAUGCCCCUGCUGGGUCUGGUGUAACUCA